AUGGCCGCGGACAAGGAUCAUUUUGUUGGAGGGAAUGACGGCGGAUACGUUUGUACAAUUGCAACACAACCAGGGGCGCUUGAAAUUAAGAACGUGGCUGUGAAGUUAGAGGGUAAUGGGAACGUGUUGACCAUCAUAUUUUUAGGAAAGGUGCUUUCACUUGCCGUAGACGCAGAAAAGCAUAAAGUAAUUGCGGUCGGUGAUUCCCUCGGAAAAGUCCACUUGAUAAAUAUAGAUUCGUGUAGUGUUUUCUCAACAUUUUGCCUGGACGCCGAAUCAUCUGUGUUACCAACCGUCGUUUGGUCUCUUCUCUUUGUUGGGUAUGACAGUUGACUCAUGAACCUGCCCUAGGAACUUCCAUUUGUACUAUGUUCUUCGCAUUAUUAGCGUUUCUUCAUUUUAUUGUUUAACCUUUGGCAGGAUAUCUCUUACCUUUUAUCUGGGCAUUAUGAUCGCAUGGCUUUGUAGUAGCCACGCCCUCCGGCUGUCUAGCUGCUGGUACCUUGCUAAUUCUGUAGUUAAUUUUCAGAUUCGCUACAAUGCCCUUUAACGUAUUUCCUUCCGUUUUAGAGAUAGACAUACCAGUACUUUUGUAUACCGUAUCAAACGUCCAACGACUAGUCCAACAGGAGUGAUGUAGAAUCGAAGAACCGUUUCUUGAGUUACACGACAGGCUAUUUUCAACCUUUAGUAGACAUAUACUGAGGGAAAUUCCAAGUGCACUCACUGUGAAUUAGGGAAGGUGAAACUGAGACUGCCACCAGGGCGGGGUCAAACUUUCGUGGACCUGCACUAAAAAGGACACACCGCUCCUUGAUCCUUGACGAAAGUCAAUGUAACCACCUCAGUCCAUCUAAAAAGCGCUUCUUCCUAACUCUUGUCUGCAUGUUGCUGCCUAAUAGCGUUACCGAUUUGUGUUUAACACCAGUUAGUUGUGCCAAGGAUCAUGCAUAUUGUCGAUAAGGUCCAAUUUUUUUAAAGACCGAGUCCACUUUAAGGGAGUUUAAAAUUCACAUGCCCAAUACAUCCAGUUUUUUUUAAUUCUUUUUCCUAGUGGUGUUCUCUUUUCCGGGGACAGCAAAGGACGCGUUAGUUUAUGGAACAUCAAGGUCGGUGGGAUGAUAUGCAGUUUCGCCAGCCACAACGCUGAUGUCCUUGCUUUGGCUGCUAGCCCAGACAGCAUGUCCGUCUUUGCUGGUGGUGUAGACCCCAUAAUCCGGCGCUUUGAUUUCUCGCACUCAGGCUCAUCUGGUAAGCCAAUACUUGGAGAUUGCAGGGGUUCUGUUGAUGUAGUCUGUACUUUAGUCCGUAGCUGCCUUUCCCAUCCGCACCCUCCCCGCCCUGCAUGUUUUUUUUCCCAGCGGAAUGUGAGUGAAAUCAUGGCCGAGUCACAUAAAGUCCAUAUUAAGAGCGCUUUUUGAUGGUUAUUUGUCAGUCUUUUCUUUCAGCGACCAAGCCUGUUAAGCUCGAAAGAUCCUACUAGCAUAAAUCGAUCCUUAAAUGCGCGUUAAAUUCUCAGUUAGAGCGCACUUAACACAUCUCUGCAUUUAUAUCUUUGUUAUUGUAACUUGAUUAUGCUCCGUCUACGUUUUCGAGAACAUGUGAGCACUGGUUCUCGUUAUUCAAAUGAUAAGGGUCCCUCCAAGAAUCCAGUUGAACGAUAUAACUGAACAGUUCCAGAUGUCAGACCGAACCUUGAAUUGUCGUAGCACGUACUCAACAGGAACUCGGGCAUUAGUAGAGCGGCCACAACGAUAUUUUUUCGCCGACUAUUCGCGGAAUCACAACUGUCUCGGCAACUGCAUCACCUAUAUUUUUCCUUUUUGCGGACAAGGAGCAAAAAUCACUGCUUCAUUCUGUUAAAGUAGACCUGGUGAGCUGUUCCGCUGAGAGAUCCCGAAAAAUUCGGAAGUAACCUCACAUCUAGCAAAUUUUAGCGAGUAGUUUGCUUUCUCUGAGCCACUAUUGCCUUCUGUUGUGCUUGCUUGCUGCUACCAUUUCAGCUGCAGAUGUCCCAAAUUAAAUCUCACAGAACCGACCUCACUUUAGGAACUGAUAGUUUCACAUAUUUUAUGCUCGUGUUUCAGCUAGGUGGCAAGCAGGUGGCCUCAUACACGGUUGUCAACGCGACAUUCAUGGCCUUGUCUAUAUUCCUCGCGACAAGACCGGUGGCGUGGUCGAUGGCGGCUUACGUCAAGUCGAUCGCCUCCUGGCCGCAGGUGAUGAUGGGCGCCUUAAUCUCCUCGCUUGUUCCUCCACGUCGGACCUUGGUGUGGAUGCACCCUUGCGGGCCCAACAGACUCCCGCCGCCCAGGUCGGUCAGCCACGCGGUGAGAAGUCCUCAAGCAUUGCCAGUAUCGCCGCCCUACCUUUGUGGCCACUAAGUUUGGCUCCAUCCUUGCCGGUAACCAUGCAGUUUGCAAGAGAGACCUUUUUGGCAAACAACGACAGCAGCAGCCCACCAGCCCGACUCGGUCUCCUACAAUACGCCGACCAUAUGAACCUUAUUCACUUUCCGCGAAGGCCAAAAACCUUUUUCAAAAAGUCAAAUGACGCGAAUGACGAAAAAAACCGGAACUUCCUUUGUCUAGCAGAAAUUCGACCUCGCCGUGGACAACAGAUCCUCACCUGUGCUAUAUCGCCAUGUGGACGCUUCGUUGCCUACUCCGACACGACUCGCUCCCGUGUGCUCAAAGUUGCUCACCCGGUGGGUGUUAUGUUAUUACAUUGCCUUUGUUUGUGGCCAGCCAUGUUUGCCAGUAUAGGCCUCAAACACUUGACCCCACACUUCAGUAGACCAAAAAGCAUCGGAGUCUGCGUAUUCUUUUCACUAUGAUUAUACUUAGACUGUUAGGAAUCAGUUGAAUUUCGUGUUAAGUUGCCAGUUAAGUAAGAGGACCGGAGGCCUGUUUUCGACGGACGCACCGCCCUUUUGUCCGUAGCAGACGUUCCUUAAUAUUUUUGCUGCCUUGUCUCUGGAUGGGUUCAGCUCAUAGGCAGAUCAGUCAUUUUGGACGGGGUCGUAGUUCACUGACAAUUCCUCAUCUCAUGAAGCGAAAAAUUUUUAAAAUGGACCCGGAAAUGCUGUCUUAAGCGUUAGGGAGGUUUGGUAUCAUUCUACUUCCUCAUCGUCAUUUCAGUUUUAGAGGGGUAAUUGCCGCGAAAAUCACGCCAACCAUCCCCAAGCUGCUUACCUAAGUCGGGGAAAGUUUAUCCAGUCCUUUAGAAACAGGCAUUUAGAUGCCACUACAUCUAACUAUCUCUCAUCGGGGGCGCUUCGAGCUGCCCUAAUGACUGGGGACACAAUAAACCCUGCAAGCUUAUACCCACCGAAGACUACACUCAGUAUUGCCUAAACUUCCUUGUGUACCCAGGAGUCGUGGCUUUUCGACCGAAACUGUCCCUCCCAACUUGUGACCAUAUCGCGUCUGGGUUGGGCCAAUCUGGGAAGCGAACGCAAGCGACGCCGAAGAUCGAUCAGCAGAGCUUCAUCCGAGGAGCGGUCAGUAGGUGCGGCCGCAUCCACGCCCACAACUGGCAGCGGCGGAACCUCCGAGCUCGACUCCGACUCCGAUGAGGGUCGUCUGUUUUUGGACCAGUCGUCAGCUGAUCUGUUUACUGCUGCCUCCAAUGGUCUUCCCGACACCGAGCUAGCCAACGUCGCCCCUACUGCCGCCGAUAAGAAGCGUCCCUCGUCUGCAAUGGUCCCUGCAGA